AAAUUAGUCAGUGUGUGGAUGCAGUCAGGGUGCUAGGCAACAUCUUGAGAUUAGAUCAGUAUUUUGUCGAAACUCCAUGAGCCCUAUCAUCUCUGAAAAGUCCAAAGGUCUGAGCGCUGAGUCAUUUUAGGAGUGCAGAGGCUGCAUUUGCACAACUUUGGCAACCGGCGUAAGGGGCAGGUCGCGGAGCUCCGCAGAGGCUUUUACACUUCCCAAAUUUGUUCAGAAAGAAAGACUGGGUGUCAUGUCAGCUACACGGAUGCAGUUGUUAUCACCCAGAGGUGUGCGGCUCUUGAGCCGGGGGCGAAACGAGCUGCUAGCCGUUAGCGGCGGAGUGCAGCCCGGUGGUCCCAGGGUCCGCUCACUGACCUCUCCCCCUCUGUCCUCCUCUCCCGGUAGAGCCUUGUCGAGUCUGAGCGCAACGCGACGUGGGCUUCCACAGGAGAAAAUGUCCGAGAAUGGAGUGGCGUCCAAGACCAAGGUGUUGACCAUUGACACCAUGAACCCCACGGUGAAGAAGGUGGAGUAUGCAGUGCGGGGACCCAUCGUGCAACGGGCUGUGGAGCUGGAGAAGGAGCUCUCAGAGGGAAUGAAGAAACCCUUUGCUGAGGUCAUUAAGGCCAAUAUUGGGGAUGCACAUGCUAUGGGCCAGCAGCCAAUCACUUUCUUCCGACAGGUCUUGGCCCUGUGCUCCUACCCAGAGCUGCUGAAUGACAACACAUUCCCAGAGGAUGCUAAAAGUAGAGCACGUUGCAUUCUGCAGUCCUGUGGAGGGAACAGUAUGGGUUCCUACAGUGCCAGUCAGGGCAUACCCUCUGUGCGUCAGGAUGUGGCCCGCUACGUUGAGCGAAGGGAUGGUGGUGUACCCUGUGACCCAGACAACAUUUACCUCACAACAGGGGCCAGCGAUGGCAUUGUGACCAUGCUCAAGUUGCUGGUGUGUGGUGAGGGUGAGACCCGUACCGGUGUUAUGAUCUCCAUACCUCAGUAUCCCCUGUACUCAGCUGCACUUGCUGAACUGGGUGCUGUGCAGAUCAAUUAUUUCCUUAAUGAGGAAAAAUGCUGGAGUAUGGACAUCAGUGAGCUUCAGCGUGCUUUGGAUGAGGCCCGACGCCACUGCAACCCCCGAGCCCUGUGCAUCAUCAACCCUGGAAACCCCACCGGUCAGGUUCAGAGCAGACAGUGCAUCGAGGAUGUAAUUCGAUUUGCAGCAAAGGAACGACUCUUCCUCAUGGCCGAUGAGGUGUACCAGGAUAAUGUGUAUGCUGACGGUUGCCAGUUCCACUCUUUUAAGAAGGUGCUGUACGAGAUGGGGCCAGAGUACUCAAAUACAGUGGAACUGGUGUCCUUCCACUCCACCUCAAAGUGUUACAUGGGAGAGUGUGGCUUCCGUGGAGGCUAUAUGGAGAUUAUCAACAUGGACGAGGAAGUGAAGGCCCAGCUGACCAAACUGGUGUCAGUCCGCUUGUGUCCGCCUGUUCCUGGACAGGCUCUGAUGGAUCUGGUGGUCAACCCUCCCCAGCCUGGGGAACCCUCGUACAACAACUUCAUCAAGGAGCGCACCGCCACUUUAAGUGUCUUAGCCGAGAAGGCCACGCUUACAGAAAAGAUUCUCAAUACGGUGCCUGGGAUCAGCUGCAAUCCUGUGCAGGGAGCUAUGUACUCCUUCCCCCGCAUAACCAUCCCUGAAAAAGCCAUCAAAGAGGCCACAGAAAAAGGUCAGCAACCAGAUAUGUUUUACUGCAUGAAGAUGCUGGAGGAGACUGGGAUCUGCCUCGUUCCUGGAAGUGGCUUUGGCCAGAGGGAUGGAAGUUACCACUUCAGAAUGACCAUCUUGCCACCGACAGAUAAGCUGAAGAUCCUGCUGAACAAAGUGAAGGAGUUCCAUCAGAAAUUCACCCAGCAGUAUUCCUAAAUUUCCACAUCUGAUAGACCACCAACCACAAUAAAACACUGCCAAAUCAGAUUCACUAAUAAGUGCCUUCUCAGCUCGGCUCUGGUGGUCUCUAUGAUGACGCACUUUAGCCUUUACUCAACUUUCUCAUAUGGACAUUAACAGACGGUACACAAGUGACUCAUUUGUGUCGAAAAACAAAAAAAAACUGGAUAAAGACAUGCAUUUAGUGUUGAUUAUGACAGAAUAAUAGCUUCAACUUGUUGUUUUAGCUUUGAAGGAUGUAUGUACUCUAUAUUGUAGGUUUGUGUAUUUUUACGAAUGAGAAGUAGCUCGUUUAUGUUUGUGCCAAACUAACAAAAAUAGAUAGAAGCUACAACUGAUGGAAAGGUAAUGCUGCUUAAAAUGUAAAAAUAGUUCAUAUAUUCCAUUCCUACCUACUUGACGAGGAAAAUAUGCCAGUAAAUUCCAUUUGAAUGAUGAUUCAGAAAUGGAUUUGUAAAACCAAAAUAAAUGUCAGUCUUGAUAUUA